GAGGGUAUACAGUUCACGUGGUUGAAUGUAUACUUAAGAAGCGUCAUCGUCCCACGUUCGAUCUUUAUUUACUUCUCGGCAUACCAUAGUCCAACCAUAUCGAGUCGAUACGAAGAAAAUGAUUGCAAACAACCGCAUUAAGAACGUUGCUGUCGUAGGCGCAGCUACAUGGCAAAUGCCCUCCUCAAGACGGGUGAACACACUGUUACAGCCAUCACGCGUCAUAACAGCCAGAGCAACUUACCCGAGGGCGUUCUAUCAAAGGAAAUCGAUUAUGAGAAACUAGAGACAAUCGUUGACGCCCUCCGUGGCCAGGACGCACUUGUUAUUACUCUCAGUGGCUAUUCCCCAAUUCAAGAAACUGAGGAGAAGCUUGUCAGAGCGGCUGCUGAGGCGGGAGUCCCUUGGAUUCUCCCUAAUGAAUGGUCUCCUGAUACAGCGCACGAAGGCAUGGUGAACGAUCUUUUUCUUUUUAAACCAAAGGUGGCCACUCGUAAACUGAUCGAAGAACUCGGAAAGUCAUCGUAUAUCGCCCUCUCAACGGGCUUCUGGUAUGAGUACAGUCUCGCGAUGCCGCGUAACUACGGCUUCGACUUUGCCAAUCGUACUGUCAAAUUCUACAAUAAAGGCGAAGACAAGAUCUGCACCUCUACAUGGCCACAGGUCGGUCGUGCCGUCACUGCUAUUCUAAGUCUCCCUAUCCAGCCUGAGGAGCCAAACACGGAAGCAUACCUCGAGAAGCUAAAGAAUAGAGUGGUGUAUGUCAAUUCCUUUAACAUUAGUCAAAAGGAUAUGUUGGUGUCUGCUCUGCGUGUGACGGGCACCAAAGAGGAAGAUUGGACCAUUACGAAGGAACCAGCCACACAGGUAUAUACAAUGGGUCUGGAGCAGUUAAAGGAAGGCAAAAGAGAAGCAUUUGCCAACGUUCUGUACUCCCGAAUUUUCUUCCCAGAUGGCGCUGGCAAUUUUGAGGACACCAAGGGCACGCUUAAUACUAUGCUUGGUCUUCCAAAGGAGGAUCUUGACGAAGCAACCAAGGUUGCGAUCGAGCGUCAAAAAACUCAGGGUGGUAGACAUUAAGGUCCAGUCAGGACGACAUUAACUAGACAACGUUUAGUAUAUUUAAACUAUGGAUGAAAUGCUAUUAAACGAAGACUGCUUUCCAGCUGAACAUUAAAUGUUGAUACCGG